AUGAGACAAGCCGGCGUCGGGAGGAGGGGAGAGGGGGGCGGCGACAGGGACUUGGGCUUGGGGGAGGGAGGACGAGCGAGUGGCGGCUCCAGUUUUGAUUCUUUUGCAGCCCCUUAUCCCAUUUCCGACGUCAUUAUUCGAUAUCCCAUAUAUGGCAUCUCUCACGUGCCCCGCUUAUCACCUUUCCUUUUCAGGCCGCCCGCCCCUGCCUGCGCCCGCCUGCUCGGUCCCGCCCCGCCCCGCGCGGCGCGAUGGGUCACACGUUCUUGCCACGGCAUCUGGCCUCCUCCACUGUCGCCUCCACCGUCUCCUCGUUGGUCUCCCGAGCCCCAGCUUGCGCUUGCGGGAGUUUUUUUCUUCCACUGCUUCCUAUUCGAACAGACGAGCUCCACUCGCGAGCCCAAUCACCACGUUCUCGCCCUUGCUCCAUCAUUUCCUAUCGCAUCCUCCAUCCCAUUCACUUGCCCAGGCCCGAUACCCGACGACGAGAUGAGGCGCCCUCAGAUCAGCCCAGCGCGCAUCGCACCGCCUCGCCUUGCCUCGCGCCCGCGUCUCGAUCUCCCCAACGACACCACAAAUCUAUCCCAACCCAAUUUCGCCCGGUCCUACUGCUCCCUCCGACGUUCCGCCCGCACAUCCAUCCGCCAGACUGUUUCCGUUCCCACCGCCCGGUCUCUAGCCUGCGACGAGCAGCACUAUGAUGACUAG